UGCGUCGGAGAAGGAGAAACUUCCUCACUCCUCCUCCUGCUCCUCCUCCUCCCUUUGCUUUCUCUCCCAAAUUCCCUCAGACACCGCGUUCUUUCAACUCGGUGCCUCCGUCAACAGGCUGGUUUUAUUUUAUUUUAUUUUUUUAUAUUAUUUUUAUUUAUAUUUCUAUCUGGACUGAAGGUUUCCUGUCCGGUUCGGGUGCAAGUGACUCAACCAAGUUUCAACACUCCUCCUCCUCCUCCUCCUCCUCCUCCCGUUUCUGAGGAAUGAGAGGACUGUCGGAGAGGAAGAGCCGAAACUCGCAUGUUUGAAUGGACAAAAGAGAAGAAAGCGAGGGUAUUACCGCCGAAAUGGAGGAAAAUACUCUGCCAGGAGCGACAUCUCCCCACUCGGAUCUGAAGACAAACCCUACGAGGCCUGACCCUGAGGGGGAGAGCAGCCCCCUGAAUACGGACAUAGCUGAGAGAAUGGAGUCUCCAGCAAAGAAAGACACAGACCGGAGAUUGACUACCCCCACAAAAUCUGACACCAUCCCUCGAUCACCUGCGUCACCGGCAUCACCCAUGGCCAGGUCAAAACGGAAGGAAGACAUCAUGAAGUCAGAGGAAAGGCAGAAGCUUGCCAAGGAGCGGAGAGAGGAAAAGGCCAAAUAUCUCGAAGAGCUCAGCAUGUUACAAGCUGCUAAAAAGACCCAGUGGCUGGAGAAGGAGGAGAAGGCACGGCAGCUGAGGGAGCAGCAGCUGGAGGAGCGCCGCAGGAAGCUCGAGGAACAGCGGAUCAAGGCGGAAAAGAGGAGAGCCGCCCUGGAAGAGAGGCAGAAGCAGAAGCUGGAGAAGAACAAAGAACGCUAUGAGGCAGCCAUCCACAGGUCAACCAAGAAGACGUGGGCAGAAAUCCGUCAGCAAAGAUGGUCCUGGGCCGGCGCUUUAAGCCAGAACUCCAGCCAGAAAGAAAGCAGAUGCUCUGUGUCUACGGUCAACCUGCCCAAACACGUGGACGUUGUUAUAAACAAGCGACUGUCCAAGUCCUCCGCCACGCUCUGGAACUCCCCCAGCAGAACCCGUAACCUUGCACUGAGUCCAUGGGAGAGCAGUAUAGUCGACCGGCUGAUGACACCAACGCUGUCUUUCCUCGCUAGGAGCCGCAGCGCUGCCAGUGUCCUCACCAAUGGCAAAGAUGGUCACUCUCCUCUCUGCCCCCGUUCGGCCUCAGCCAGUCCCCUCACCGUGUGCGCCCAUCAGCCUCACCACCGCUGCUCCGACCGCUGGAGAGUGACAUCCAGCACACCAGACAUCACGCAGCGCCAACACAGACGGAGCUCCACACCCAUGGAUAAAAACAAGAAAGAAAAGAAAGACAAGGAACGGGAGAACGAGAAGGAGAAAAGUGCCCUCACUAAAGAGAAGGUGCUGAAGAAGAGACAGUCUCUACCCAGCAUGAGGCACAGACCUGAUCCAAGUCCCAGUCCUUUAUCAAGACAACGACCAUCAUCCCCAGCCACGCCUAAGGGCAGGACUGCCUCCCCCAGCCCCGCUGCCUCCCCCAAGCCUCCAUCUGCACGUGGAAGCCCGUCGACUCCUAAAGGUCGCCCCAAAAGACCAAGGACCCCUGCCAGGAUAGACCACCGCACCUCGUCUCCCGCUCCACUCGAAAGAGUGAAGGAGCCACGCAGGCCCGCCACCCCAGAGGAGAGAAAGGGGUCCCCUGUGGUUCCUACCAUCGCGGUAUCCUCACCCGCUGCCUCACCCCACGCGUCAAGCACCCCAGUCAGAACCACUGCAGCCUCCCCCUCACCCGAGCCCGUACACUCAGCGUCUCCUGCGCCCUCUCCAUCAGGCAAGCCCAUGGCGGGCACAAACAACCCAGAGGAGGCGGCUCGCAUCCUGACAGAGAAACGCAGACAGGCCAGAGAGCAGAGGGAGAGGGACGAGCAGGAGCGCCGCGAACAGGAGGAGAAGGAGAGGAUCCUGAGAGAGGAGCGAAUAGCGAGGGAGGCGGAAGAGAGGCGACUCAGGGAGGAGGAGGCCCGCGCCAUGGCCGAGGAGCAGCGGAGGAGGGACGAAGCCCAGCGGCUGCAGGAAGAGAAGGAGGCUGAGGAGAGAGCCAAAGCCGAGGAGGAGGAGAACCUACGCCUGCAAAAACAGAAAGAAGAGGCUGAGGCUAAAGCCCGGGAGGAGGCGGAGAAGCAGCGUCUGGAGAGGGAGAAACACUUCCAGAAGGAGGAGCAGGAAAGGCUGGAGAGGAAAAGGCGUCUGGACGAGAUCAUGAAACGGACACGCAAGACAGAUGGAGGCGACAAGAAAGAGACAAAGUCCUCCCCUCUGGCACAAGUCAAUGACAAAGAGGCAGAAAGCAGCAAAGCGUCUGCUGAAUAUCAGCCGAAGCCAGAGGUCAACCUGCCAAAUAACAUGACAGAAAAUGGACAGACAAAUGUCAAAGAAAGCAGCCCCUCAGUCCAAGUGGUCAAUGGGAUCCAGCCUGCGAGACAUGAAAACGGUCUGUCCACUAAAGGAGACACUGCCAACUUCGGGGAUAUCAUCCAUCUUACGAAUCAUGGCAACACGGCUAACGGAGCACGGGAUAAGUCUGAGAGCAACAUGGCCACCGAGCAGAUCAUCACGUUUGAAAGUGAGGAUCCAUUCAUGAAAAAGGCCGGCCCCAUGAAGCCUCAGCAUGUUGCAGAAGUCCUGUAACAAAUUCCAGUGUUGCCUGAGGCCAUCGACCUUUUCCCAGCCCUGCCAACACUUGCAUGGGGAGCCCCGUGACCUGUGCCAAUCAACAACCUUUGUCUGUGGCCGUUGUUUUUUUAAAAACAAACACAUUUCUCACAGGAGAUGAAGUGGGCCACAGAAGAAAUGACAGCCAUGCAUCAGGACACAAGCAAAAGACGAAAACAGGAUGGAAGGUGUUGCUGCUUGCAACACGGGUGCAUCAGUGUUAACAUUCGUAAAAAGAUCUUUGUGGCACCGAUUCCAUGCACCUUAAUACUCGGCGGCAUCAUCCUUUGUACAUUGCUGUGCAGCUGAGUAAUUAUUACAAUAAGCUGAAGUGUUUGUUUUCUUUGUUCUUUAGUUAUUUAACUGAAAGAGAAAUAUAAAAAGACUGGGUACAAGUUUGUGAAUAAUGUAAAUUAACUUUGUGUGACGGACAAAGGAGGGAUGGGUCUGUGGAAUAAAGUUGUAUGAAAGGGAGUCAUUUUAUGCUUCUUUGCUCUGAGUAGACCUUGUAAGUGAAACCCAGGCAUUAUACAUCCUGGUCUGUAUAAAGCUACCUGUAACAGUUUUUUGUAAAGUUAAACUGAGAAAUCUGAAGAAAAAAAAAAGAUUUCACAUGCAACAGCUUCUUUUGUGUCUGAACUUACUGUCUGUCUCGGCUAUGAUUGAUUGUAUGCAGAACUGGAUGUAAUAAUGAGUGUGCAACUGCAACAAUUACAAAACUAGAAGUCCUAUAAGGUCAGAUCCCUAUGAACUAGGGAUCUUUACUAUUUAACAGUUUAAGCUGUUUUUAUUUCACAUGUGCAAGCAUGACUCCGUUCUCUCAUUUGCAUUGAGAUGCCAUGGACUCAUCUGUAUUUGAAAUGCUGGUGCGUGUAUAUGCUAUAAUUAUUUUGAUGUGCGUUAAAGGUCAGUGGGAGUAUCUUAAGUCUUAUUAAAGACGAGCUGUCCAGUC